ACAAAAAUGGCGUCCGUAAAAUUAUUUUUGGAUAUUACAUCAAUCUCUUUUAUACUUUUACUGAGUCUUAGACAACAGAAAACCGAAGCAGACAGACGUGAUUCUUCGAACGUUCUGUCUUUAUUGACCAAGAAGUUCCAUCAUCAUAAGCAACCCGUUAUUGUCAUACUUGGUAAUGAUGCUGUACUCAAAACUGACCGAAGUCAUGUGAACAAAGCUUUAUCACCGGAAGAUAGUGAUGGGAGCGGAACUGUUCAUCAGUUACAUCAUUUGUUGGGACAUGAUCAGAAUAAAGUGAAACAACACAAAAAGAGUACAACGAAACCGUUUCAUCGAGAUGAGGAAAAGAGACAGCGGUUCAAAGUUCAGAGGGAGAAAAAAGAGAAGGUAUCGCAAAAAGAAGACAGAGAUGACUUACGGUCACCCAUCGUGAAAAAACUGCUGAGAAUCUCAAAUAGUCUACGAUGCGAAGCAAAAGACGAAUGCGAAGAUAAAUGCAGUAACAAAUUCUUGGGGAAACUGAAAAUUAAAUGUAAAGUGAAGUGCAAUUACAAAUACGACUGUGAAUCAGAAGAAAAAGAAGAAGAAAAGGAAGAAAAGGAUCCGUGUGAUGACAGCAAUGGCUCUUGCAACUCUGAGGAGACAGGGAUAAGCACAAAAGGUGUAACUUGGGUCACCUGGGUUACUAAAAAGCCGAAGUGUAUUGGUAUGAUCGGUUCCGGUCCUACCACUUUCAGUGAUGUAAUGAAGAUAAACUCUAUGAAGGCCUUCAGUCCAACACCGGGACUGGACUGGACUGGACUGGAUGAUGACAUCUCCUCCAUGUGCAACCUUGAAUUUGAGCUUAACAAGUAUCUAGAAAAAGAAGGGAGCACGGCAUAUAAUGUAUAUCCAGGGGUUGAGAUGAUUGACUAUGACUUCACUGCCGAGAGGCAGAACUUAUAUUCAACAAAACUAAAAAUUUUGCAGGGCAUCAACAAAAUCCUGGGCACCACGCCGUCUGACAUCGAUAAGUAUUCGCGUAUCGUAUUCCCGGUCUGCUUCGUUUGCUUCAAUCUUAUGUACUGGAUCAUAUACCUCCACGUAUCAGAUGUGGUUGCAGACGACCUGGUACUACUUGGCGAGGAAAAUUAA